AUGCAGUGCGGUGGCCUCAACUUGCUGUGUUUGGUAUUUUGCUGCUUGCAAACUGCUACAGAUACUCAACAUAUUUCAAUAGAGAAAUCAAACAAUGACAUUCAUGAUCGUAUGAAUAACGAAAGGGAUGGUCUUGCUAUAUCUAGAGAAAUAUUCAGGAACAUUACAAAAAAACUACGUGAAAAUUUUCAAAGUGAAGUAAUUACUGAUUUAAAUCAACAUCAAAUGCAAGUGAAGGUAGAAGGACAUCGUAACUAUGCCCCUUAUCAAGGAUAUCAUCACCACGAGCAACAUUGGGGACCGUAUUUUGAGGAAAAUAACAUCACAAAAAUGAUAGCACAUGUUGGAUCGGAAGCUUUAUUAAAUUGUCGUGUCGUUAUGCUUAAAGAUAAGACGGUUAUGUGGCUACGUAACACUACUGACGCCGCUCAGUUACUGACAGUUGGAAAAGAGGCACAUACGGGCGAUAAUCGACUAUCAGUUAAGUUCCAAUAUCCAAACAAUUGGCGAAUCAGUAUAAGCCCUGUGAAGAAAUCAGAUGAGGGGCUUUACAUGUGCCAAAUAUCAACACACCCACCAAGAACCAUUUAUACAAAUUUAACUGUUUUACCUCCUGUGUUAACUAUAAACGGGGAUGAAAUGCAUGUGGUCAAAGAUAGAUUUUAUAAAACUGGCAGCUCUAUAAAACUAACAUGUGUCAUUUCGGAAGAAUAUGUAAAGUCAAUGAAAGCUGAACCUCUAAUAAUGCUAACAACUACGCAAAUGACCACUCCAGUUACGGCUACUACUGAAUCAACUGUUGAAACCACUACCGUAUUUAAUAAAUUUGAUUUGCUACUAAACAAAAGUUGGAGUAUAGCAACAACAACUAUUGCUUCAACAAUUAGCAUAAGUCCGACUAUUAAGACGAUAUUAGAAAUUCAAAAAACCACACCGAAGUCAACCCCUUUAAAAACUACUCAACCAUCACAUAAUAUUUAUGGACUUAGUUGGACAAAGCAAGGAAAGAGUUUUUUCGGAAAUAUGAUUUGGCGUAAUAUAAGUUCGACAAUAAGUAUUUCAUCUGCGUCACAAGAAGAUAGUGGAUUGUAUACAUGUCAUUUGAAAAAUCAUUCGCAAGUUACUACAAAUGUGCAAGUUCUUAUUGGAGAAAAUCAAGCGGCUGUUCAUCAUGAUACGUGGAACAAAGGAUCAUUAUAUUGGCAUCCACAUAACAAGGCGAUACUUUUUGUAUUGUUUUUAUUAAUCUUGACUUAA